CCGCUUGGGGGCCAAAGUCGUCGUAUCUGGAGUUUUGAAAAUGGCAGCACCCACGCCGUCCGCGAGCUCCGCAAACAAGGGAUCUACUGCCAUUUCAACCUCAAUGUUCUAUUCUGUUCCAAAAGAGAGGCCGAAACGUUUUCUUCAUGCAAACCUGCUGGAUGUUAUCGACACUAAUGAGAGCGAUUUUUCCGCUGAUGAGAGAAGUGAAGACGAAGUGUCUGGAGACAGCAGUGACGAAGAGGCCGUCUCAACCGAGGUUGAAGAAGCUGAGGUAGGAGUUGCAAGCUCGACAGAUAUGCCUCCGGGAGAUCGGAAGUCACGUAACGUGAAAAAGCGGUACACAUGGGUGAAGAAAGAUUUCGACAACGAAGCAGAGAGUUUCGAGAACGACUUUCCGCUGCCACCUGCAGAGCCGCUGAGCGCUCAGGAAUACUUCGACAUGUUUGUUUCUCGAUCCAUGCUAAAGGCUGUUGUGGAUGAGAGCAACAGAUACUACUUUCAGAAGCACGGAACCGCCCUAAACCUCACUGUUGAAGAACUGACAUCUGUGCUGGGCAUGUUUUUCAGGAUGGGACUCGUAAACAUGCACAGGGUUCGUGCUUACUGGGAAAAUGGAAGUAGAUAUGAAUUAGUAGCCCAGGUAAUGUCCCGUAACAGAUUUGAAAAGAUAACACGCCACCUGCAUUUUUUUGAUAAUGAAGCGGCCAAUGACAAAGUCAAAGAAGACAAGUGCUGGAAAGUGCGCCCAUGGCUCACUUCCUUGCGUAGCAACAUGAUUGCUGUGCCCCAAGAAAACAAAUCAGCAGUGGACGAAAUCUUGAUCCCCUUCCGUGGGCGCUGUUACAUUCGUCAGUACAUGCCAAAUAAACCGAAGAGUAAAUGGGGCCUGAAACUUUGGGCACGUUCGGGAGAAUCAGGUCUGUGUUAUGAUUUUGAUGUCUACCAGCGCUGCAACAAAGGUUUUUAUGGGAACCAGGAUGGCUACCAGCUUGGGUUGGGAGCUGGUGUUGUGCUCCAGCUGUGUUCCAGCCUCCCAAAGCGAGACAACAAUCUAGUUGUCGCUGACAACUUCUUCACUGGCCCUCACCUUGUAGAGGAACUUUCAAGAAUGGGAAUCUCCUAUAUCGGCACAGUCCGUGAAAACAGAAUCAGCUGUAGCAAGUUAAUGGAUGAAAAAUCGAUGAAGAAGCGAGGUCGGGGCACCUGUGAUACUUCAGUCACCUCUUGCGACCAAAAGACAAUGGUGGCAGUGAAGUGGCACGACAACCGCACUGUCACUCUCCUUUCGAACUGCAUUGGUGCCGACCCUGUUACCUCCGUCAAAAGAUGGGACAGCAAGGAAAAAAAGCACAUCUUUGUCGAUUGUCCAGCCAUCAUUCCUGCCUACAACAGAUCGAUGGGUGGCGUGGACCUUCUUGACAAAAUGUGUUUCUCGUAUCGUUUUUCUAUCAGGUCAAAACGCUGGUACAUGUAUUUAUUUUGGCACACGCUCAAAAUGGCUGCUGUUAAUGCAUGGUUCAUGCACAAGAGAAUCCUCCAGCAGCACAAAUCGCCGCCCACACCCUUGAGAGAAUUCCUCUCUGAGCUCGCAACGAGCCUCAUCUUGCUCAACAAGCGACCACCAGGGCGCCCUUCAGUUCAAAAUGUCACGCCACUCAAGAAAGUGUGCUUAAAUGUCCCUCGUGACGUGAGAAGAGACAGCAAAGAGCACUGGCCCACAUGGAAUGAAAGGCGGAACCGCUGCAAGGCAUGCCCAGGGGGCUACACAUAUGUUUCUUGUUCGAAGUGUAAGGUGAUGUUAUGUUUGAACAAAGAUCGUAACUGUUUUGUUAGUUUCCACCAGUAGGCUACAAACAGCCGUGCUUGAGCUUUGUACUGUCUUGGAUUUGAUAAUGCAUCAAAAGGGACGGUGCCAAUAA